GGCGAUCGAAUACCCAUAAGCAUGAGUUUAAUUGCCAUCCCUACUUGCCAGUCAGUAUGGCAGCUGAACACAAUGAAACAAAAUCUCCGGUGAAAUAAAUAUACAAGAGCAAUGCCACUGGGGACUGGGGGAACAAAAAGUAUAGAACUAGUUGAAAGUAGAAACCCAUGGCGUCUGCUGCGAUCGGAGGCAAGCUCUCUUCUGCGCUUCUACCCGGAAGCAACCACAACUCCUGCUUGGUGAGAGUCGUCCCCGCUAGGCAGCUGGCCUUCCGACGCCGGCUUCCGGCCAGAUUACUUCUAGCUUCUUCAGCUUCCUCAGUCGAAACCACUCUCAUGGAAACUAUUGUGGCGGGGAAGGAAGUUAGUGGUGGUGGUGGUGAUUGGGAUAACAUCUUAGCAUGCCCAAUUUGUUAUCGGCCGUUGUCGUUGAUCAGUGAUGGACUCCUAACUGUAGACUCUGCAUCUAGGGCUAGCCUUGAGUGCAGUUGCUGUAGAAAGACCUAUUACGGCAAGGAAACUCACGUUGAGUUGAUUGCAGCUAGUGGUGCCAAGACUUAUGAGAAUCCCAUGCCAUUGGCCACCGAGUUCUUCAGGCUUCCUUUAAUAUCAUUUAUCUACGAGCGAGGUUGGCGUCAGAACUUUGUGUUUGGUGGCUUCCCGGGCGCUGAGAAAGAGUUUGAACUGUUAAAAAAUUACGUGAAGCCAGUCUUAGGUGGGGGAAAUAUUGUGGAUGCUAGCUGUGGUAGUGGAUUAUUCUCGAGGCUAUUUGCCAAGAGUGGGCUGUUCUCCCUAGUCGUUGCCCUGGACUACUCAGAGAACAUGCUAAAGCAGUGAUAUGAGUUUGUAAACCAGGAGGCCGACUUCCCCAAAGAGAAAUUACUAUUGGUGAGAGCUGAUAUUGCUAGGCUGCCUUUCCUCACGGGCUCUAUAGAUGCUCUUCAUGCUGGUGCUGCUAUACAUUGUUGGCCGUCACCAUCCUCUGCUGUAGCUGAGAUAAGUCGAGUCCUGAAACCCGGAGGAGUGUUUGUGGGAACUACGUAUAUACUUGAUGGACCUUUCAAUUUCAUUCCUUUCUUGGGAGCUAUACGCCAGAAUGUGUCGGAAAUAUCAGGAGCGUACAGCUUCAUAUCAGAAGGCGAGCUAGAAGACAUCUGCCAAGCCUGUGGGUUGGAGGGAUUUACUUGCGUCAGGAAUAGGCAGUUUGUCAUGUUUUCGGCUACAAAAGCAAAACCACUCUAAAAGCUACCUCAAUUUCUGCUGCUGCUGGUUGAUUUACAAAAUGGAUUCGUAUCACCAUUUAUUAAUUUAUCCAUAUUUAUCAAUUAUAUAAGUAGUUAAUUCAAAAUUAGCUGAAAUGACCAGUAGCUGAGUUUCAGCGGUGGAGUUGGUCUAACAAAGGGGAAUCAUUUUGUUUGCUUGAUUAAUUUCCACAUAACGUAAACUCUGCGCAACGACAACUCCAAACCAAUUUUACUAGGGCGUAUCCAAACUGUGGAAGCCCUAUUUAAUCUACAUAUCAGCUUGUAAAAUUUUGGUGUCGUGUGUAGCCACUACAUGCCUGG